CUCUCUUCGCUUGUCGCUGGGAGCGGGCGGCAUGGCAGCGAGGCGGGCGCUGUUAGCGCUGCGGUCCCACGGCGCCCUCCCGCCCGCUUCCGCCUCACGUCACCGCCUCACGCCCGCCCGUCCGCGCGCGGUGGCCGCCAUUAGCGGCGGCGCGGGGUGGGUGCGGCGCCGCGGGGAGAGCGGUGUGAGCAACGCCGUGCCUUCAUUUUUACGAAGCAAGGACAGCGUUUCCUUGCUGGGAAGUAGGAAGCUUUUUUUUGACACUCACGCCCUGGUGUGCCUCCUGGAAGGACAUGGAUUCACUACUCAGCAGUCGGAGGUGAUUGUGUCUGCAUUCGUGAAAAUCGUGAACACCAACCUGGAUAUGAUUUACAAGGACAUGGUGACCAAAGUGCAGCAGGAGAUUGCUCUUCAACAAAUUAUGUCCCAUAUUGGUGGAUUGAAAAAGGACAUGAUUAUAUUGGAAAAAAGUGAGUUUUCAGCACUUCGGUCAGAAAACGAGAAAAUAAAACUGGAACUCCAGCAGAUAAAGAAGCAAGUCAUGGAUGAAAUUACCAAAGUUCGUGCAGAUAACAAACUAAACCUAAACCUAGAGAAGAGCAGAGUAAAAGAACUGUAUUCACUUAAUGAAAGAAAACUACUUGAAAUGAGGACAGAAAUAGUGGAACUGCAUGCACAACAAGAUCGAGCUCUGACCCAAACAGACAGAAAAAUAGACACAGAAGUUGCUGAUCUGAAAACAAUGCUGGAAUCGCACAAACUCGACAAUAUUAAGUACUUAGCAGGUUCAGUAUUUACAUGCCUUACUGUAGCACUGGGAUUUUAUCGUCUAUGGAUGUAAUAAAGCAUCACUUUAAAGGGACUUCUACUGUCUUGUUUUCUGACAAUGAAAAAAAAAUAUCUUUGCUUGAACUUCAACCAAGUCUUGAAUGUGUUAUUUAUUUUUUUGUGAAGAAGACUGUACUGAGAAUGUAACCAAAGACGUGCCUGGAAACAAACUGUACAUAUGUCAUGCCCAAUUUGAACCUUACCUCUGAACAAAGCACUGUGCUGUUUUCCUUCAUUCUGAACUGCAGUAUGCCUUGCUGUUGCAAAGUGCCAUAUAAGCAAAGACUGACAUUCAUACCAAUUGUAUGGAGCUGCAUGCAGUAGGAAUUACCUUUUGUUGUCUGUUCAGACGUGCUUACCAGAGUCAGUUGCAUCUGUUGGACUGGAGUUGUGAUUAUUAGUAUAAAACUGAAACUAAAUGUUUUGUGGCUUGGAAGCACUCUUGUUUAAGUAGGAUUUGUGUUAACUGAAUCAUGCUUGCUUUUCUCCUUCUAACACUUGAUCAUACAGUUACUAUGAUCAAAUAUGUCUUGCCAUUUUUAUAACAGUACAGUCAUCAGCUUCUUUUUUCAGAUGUCCAUCGAAUCAAUCAUCUUUCGUGAGUACUGUGUAAUGGUAGCAGUGUUUGCUGCUAGUUCUGCUUUUAAUCUGGCUGUAGGUUUUUUACUAACUCACCUUUUUAUACAUAAGUUUCUGAUACUCAUUCCAUAUGCUAAUUUUUAACUUAACCACUGUAACUGGGAGUUUGAAAUACUGUAAAAUACACUGGUUUUACUUUAUGGCUUGAUUAUACAAACUCUCUUGUGCUGCUUCCUUGUUGGAAAGGAAUCGGUGCUUCUGGAAAGGAUAUUUUUUUAGAGAGUGGUUCUGAAGCAGUAUCAUACAUGAGGGAACUGCAGUUUUGUCUGUCUUCUGUUUGUUUUCUUGUCUUAUUAAAAAAAAUCCUAUUGGUACUUUAAAUGUGGAACUUGGAUAGUGAUAUAAUGGUGAAAGUGGUAGUGGAGAUCUGUAAGGAUAUUUAAACUCAUUCUGAGCAACAGCUUGUGAACUAGCAAAUGAAAGCUACAAAUGAAAGCAUCCAGUGUAUCCAGGUACAUAUACCCAUCAUUCUUUCAUUCAGGAAGUUACAGGUUUAGUAACAGUCAUCUGUGUUCCUCCAUGUAAGGGAAAUAUUGUAAAUAUUGAAAUAUAGGAAAAGAGAAUGACCUAUGCACUGGUAAUAAAUGCUGUCACAGGGCAGUCUGCCUUUGUUUAAUGAAAGUAAAGCUGUCUGGUUACCUUGUGUCUGUGUCAUAAAAGCUAUUUAACUUCUUUGGUGGUUGCCAAUGCAGACUGAUUUGAGGACAAACAGAUGUAUGACUGUGGAUGCAAACUUGAAAUAAAGAAUUUCAUAUAUUUCAUAGAA